AUGGGCCUCGGUAUUCUCUCUGAUCGCUAUCUCGGUGAGAAUGUACCUGGAACCUCCCUGCUUGACGACCUGCAUAAUCGGAAGCUUGUUGACCACCCAGAAUCUGCCUUGAAGCGUUCGAAAGAUGGCAUUAUCCUAGUUCCACAGCCAUCUUCUUCCCCAAACGACCCGCUCAACUGGCCCUUCUGGCGGAAAUGCAUGCUUAUGCUCACCUUGACAUAUGGAGCGGGGGUGGUUGGUGCUUUCGGCCCCAUUAUUGGCGCAGGUCUCACGCAGGUUGCUACGAACCUUGAUACUUCUGUUGACGCAUUGUCCAUGAUCACGGGAGAUCUUGUUCUCGCAAUCGGCCUUGUAUUGAUUUUGACCGCACCAGCCAGCGUCAUAUGGGGUCGCAGGCCAGUUUUUUUAAUCGGAAAUGCACUUUUACUUGCCAGCUCUAUUUGGAGCUCAGUCGCAAAAGAUCUGGGAAGUCUGACAGCAAGUAGAGUGAUCGGUGGUAUAGGCAUGGCACCUAUUGAAUGCUUAGUUGAAGCCAGUAUUGCCGAUAUAUUUUUUGUCCACGAGCGUGGUAAAUGGAUUGCCGUCUGGAGCUGUGGAAUACUCUUUAUCCUUACGAUCUUAUUCGUGCCAGAGACAGCUUACGUUCGUCCGGUUCUAUCUAGAGAGCCUAUUCCUCAGGAGCCCAGCUCGCCAGAUCACAACAAGGGCGGCUCUUUGAAUAUAGACGUAAUCGACGUUGACGUUGAAAAAUCUUCCAAACUUGCUGGGAGUUUUUCUGACACAGGGACGGAAACCGUGUAUCCAUAUUUGAGGACACUGUUGCCUUACUCUAGACACCGGUUUUCUGAAGGAAAGUUUUGGAAAAUCGCACUUCGUCCAUUUACUCUAGUGUGUAGUCCCGCAGUAGCAUGGGGCACACUAGUGUACGGCACGACAAGUGGAUGGCUUGUUGCGCUUUCCGUUUCUGUCUCGCUCCUUUUCUCAUCGCCCGAGUACGGGUACGAUUUCCGGGCUGGUCCUGUUGGGCUUAUUUCGGGUGUUGGACCGUUCAUUGCGGCCAUCCUCGGAAAUGCUAUUGCUGGACCACUGUCUGACUGGUCUGUGACCUGGCUAUCUCGUCGUAAUAAUGGUGUUUAUGAGCCUGAGUUCCGCCUUUUCAUGGUCAUUCCCCUUCUCCUAGCGACGACCAUUGGAUGGGUGGUGUCGUAUGUCGUUGAUGCUCACUCGAACUAUGCACCCGAAGCAUUUGCUACAAUCAACUGCAUCAAGAACCUGUUUACCUUUGGCUUGACUUACUAUGUUGUCCCCUGGCUUACUGCCCAAGGUGUUCUUCGCACCUUUUGUACCAUCGGAGGUAUCAACAUAUGGGUCUGUCUGAUGACCAUUCCAAUGUACGUCUAUGGGAAGCGGGCACGAAGUUGGGUACAUAGGACGCCAUGGAUGCUUGCAUAG